CGUUUCGCUCAUAUCUGUUUAAGAAAACUUGUUAAUCCGGAACAUCGAGUUUGUCAAACAAAAUCUGGGAUUUCUCGUCGCUUUGUCAAACUCCGAUGUUCCUUUUCAAGUUCAGUUUGGACUUGAAGCGUUUUAUCGUUUGGUGACUCCCAGUAUCUGAACUUCUUGAGAUUUCUAGCAUUGGAUUGUUACUAAUGGAGACGUCAGGCGUUUGUGAGAUUGAGUUGCCAAACAGAAGAAUAGUGAGUGGCAGUGAUUCCCCGACUGAUCUGGAUAGUCCGUGUCAGGAGGAGGUCACUGGGUUUCAUUUAUGUUUGUGUGACCCUGAGGAAGAGAGAGGGGAAACCCCAGGCAGAGAGGACAGUCCCAGUGACCUGGGGGAGACGGAGCUUGAUCCUGGAGGAGACUCAAAGACUGGAGACGACAAGGCCUUCGGAAAGGAGGUUGUUCUCUUGAUGCAAGCACUGAAUUCACUUGCCACUCCUGAAGAGAAACUGGCAGCACUGUGCAAGAAAUAUGCAGACCUGCUGGAGGAGAGUCGCUGCAUGCAGAAACAGCUGAAAGGCCUGCAGAAGAAGCAGUCUCAGAUUGUCAAAGAGAAGAUCCACCUACAAGGAGAGCACAGCAAAGCCAUCCUGGCCCGCAGCAAGUUGGAGAGUCUCUGCAGAGAACUCCAGAGGCACAACAAGACUCUGAAGGAGGAGAAUGCCCAGCGGUCCCGAGAGUAUGAAGAGCAACGUAAGGAGGCCAUGCUCCAUUUCCAGAUGACUUUGGGUGAUAUUGAAGUGCAGAUGGAGCAGCACAGCUCGCACAAUGCCGAGCUGAGGCAGGAGAACAUGGAGCUGGCUGAGAAGCUUAAAAAGCUCAUUGAGCAGUAUGAGCUCAGAGAGGAGCACAUAGACAAAGUGUUCAAGCACAAGGAGCUGCAGCAGCAACUGAUGGAUGCCAAGCUGCAAAGAAUCACUGAAAUGAUGAGAGAAGUGGAGGAGAAACAGCAGCAAGAGAGAGAGUUUCUGCUGAAGGAUGCCAGUGAGUCCAGACGCAAAUGUGAGAUGAUGAAAGAGCAAGAAACUCAGCUUAAACAACAGCUCUCCCUGUAUAUGGACAAGUUUGAAGAGUUUCAGAGCACUUUGGCCAAAAGUAAUGAAGUCUUCACUACCUUCAGACAAGAAAUGGAAAAGAUGACAAAGAAGAUCAAGAAGCUGGAAAAGGAAACUAUGCAGUGGAGGACCAAAUGGGAAAGCAACAAUCAGGCCCUGCUGCAGAUGGCAGAAGAGAAAACUCUGCGUGAUGGCCAUUUCAAGGCUCUACAGGGGAAGCUGGAGCUACUGGAGCGGCUGUGCAGAGCUUUGCAUAAGGAGAGGAAUGACUUGAGCAACCAGCUCAGCCUCUUUCAGGAGCAGGGAGACAAAGGGAUGGCGUCACCUGGCCCAGACCAGCAACAUGAGCCUUUGCCAAUGGAGGAGGAGGAUAAAAAUGAUUCUGAAGAUUCAGGGCAUGAGGAGGAGCAGGAGACUGGAGGCAUCCAUCAAGGUGUGGGGCUGCCUGGAGCAGAGGCCACGCAGAAUGCUGCUGAUAAAACCCCAACAGCUAUAACAACAAGCAGCCAUGCUGCCGGUCUGAAGAUGUAAUGGGACUUUUUCUCAGCUAUUAUUCUAGAUUCCGAAUCUGACACCAUAUUGUUUUGUGUAAUUUCACUUCACUCAAUAAAAUUACUGCAUUAAGAAUUUCCACAAUUCUAGUCAGCAUCCGAGGCGAGCUGUGAGUAAUUCCCCAUUUUCUACCAUCACUGUUGUCUGAAAGAAUGUGUGCAGACGUAAAGGCAGUUGAAGUUGAAUUGGUCCUUGUUUUUCCUCCUAACAGGCUCCAUCAGCAACUUCUCAGUGGAGCUCAUCCUUACAAUAAGGGUUUAGCAACCUCAGUGCUGAUAGGUCAGCUGAGGGGACGACUGCCUCUCCAUCUAAUCAUGAAUGAAAUAGUUUUCUUAAAGCUUCUGUCCAUUAAUCUGUCAUUUUGUAGAAAUGUUACCUGAAGAAAGCAAACUUCUCUAGACAAAUUGAAACUUGAUCAGCAGCCACUGUGGGUCAUGUUAAAUGUCUGAACACAGUUGCUAAGUAACAUUUGAAUGCCUUCAUUUGGAGUUCUAGCAGAUGCCCUUUUCUGUUAGAUUUCUUUCUUCUGCCAGUAUGUUUGGCUUCCACAGUGAAAGUGUGCAUGUCAUGCAUCAUCCAAGGACUCAGUAAUGUGGCUGUCCUCUGUAGUCCUCCUUUUAACCUGGAUAUCUUCUACCUACUCAAGUGAUAACAGCCUGUGAAACUCAGGGUCAUGUUCUGCUAAAGAUUGUCCGAAACAUCAAAGCCUCCACUGUGACCAUUUGUCUGAAGAACAUCAUUACUUGCAUGUGGGAACAGAAUGAUACAAAAUAAAUGUUUUAAUAUCAGAGUCCAAAGUCAGAUGAAUAUAAGAAACCUUUGUUUCCCACCAGUCUAGAAUAAUUUUGUGUAUGUUGAGCCAAUAUAGGGUAGAGAAGAGCUACGUCUAUUGACAGAAGAUUUCCUGUAAAUUACUUUGGAAAGGUUGAAAUAAUCUAAUGGGUUGUCAGUUUUGAUUAGUUUAAAUAAAAAUGUUGAUCUGUUGGGAAUUGUUAGGAGGCGCAGAAGGUGUUCUGAACCCAUCAAUGUGUACAGUAGGUGUAGACCCAAGAUGGUGGAUGUAGGAAGUAGCUGCAGAUAUCAACCCCUCUGUCCUGUUUCACACUAUGGGACUGAACUACUGACUGUUCUGGGUUGUUUUAACUUGUAAAGUAGAUUUUGUUGAAAUCAAAGUCACUUCAUCCCAUCUUUUGGGCAUCUUCCUUUCAGUAGUUCGGAGAGCAGCUGAAAUAAGGAAACCUAGAGGAGGGCCUGUUUCCAACAUCUGACAUGUUCUAAUUUUAAACCUGAGAUCAGCCUAUUUUUCAAUUUGGUUAAAUAACACUGAGGAACAGGUAUCAGUGUAUUCCAAGUAACAUAACAUUGAAUGUGUGUUUAACCCGUUGCUCAUCUUUCUAAAUGACUCCUGAUGCUGAGUUUAAAUGGAAAUGUUCAACAGCAGCUGGUGAUGGUUCCACUCAUGGCGAAGAGUCUGAUAACCAGAGUCUGAUUCCUUUCCUUGGCAUCGCCCCAGGAUGACUCGGGUCAUUCCAGAAUCUACCUCUGCAGGUUAUGGCCAUGAGUCAGCAUACUCUGCAUUGCUUUUUUUUUAAAUCACUUCUUAUAUGUAAAAUGUUCUUCCAAUUUUGUCUUGCUUUUCAAUAAACAUUUUGUAGGAUUUCCA